CUUUCCGAUCAAACUUCACGCUUUUCGGUUCCAGUCUCCUUUACUUGCUGGAAUUGUUUCUACGUCACAAUCACAGUGUUUCGCAUCAACCGUUCCCCCAAAAAACCGUUCAGUACAAAACUUCGCGCCACGACCCCGCCCUCGGAAGCUACACGCAGCAGCCCACCAUGUCCGAAGUAACCUUUUGCAAGCAAUACCUCUCCGCUCUCGACGGCCGUCCAGCAAAGCUCUCAUCAGACCACAUAGCAGAUGCGAGACAAUACCCAUCCGGCGCCGUCUUUACCCUCCCACGACUCCCGCACCCUCCACACCCGCAACGACCCAACCCACCCUCGACAUCCUCAGCUGCAACAGAUGAUGCCUCAUCCGUUUCCGCGCAAUCCACUUCAACGCCAGCGCUAUCAAUAACUCUUAAGCCCCUCAAACCAAACACCCCCACCAUCCCCCUCUCCAACAUCUCCCCCGCGAAAACCUCAAUCUACGACCUCAAGACCGCCUACGCGACCGCAACUUCGCUUCCCGCUGCCAAGAUCAAGAUUUUGUUCAAGAAGAAGCCCUUGCUGGAUAGUAAGACGGUAGCGGAGGUCAUUGGCGCGGAUGCGGGAAGCGAUGUGGAGUUCGGGGUGAUGGUGAUGGGUGGUGCGACAGCGACUGGGGCGUCGUCUGCGUCGUCGCCGGUUACGAGCCCUCCGGCUGUGGCGCCUUCGGAGGCGGAUAAGGGUUUGGGAGGCGCACCGGUUGCUCAGGGCCCUAGUGGGAAAGAGGUUGUCGCUGGGGACGAGUUUUGGGCUGAUCUUAGGGGGUUCGUGUUGCAGAGGAUACGGGAUGAGAAGGAGGGGGAUAGGCUUAUGGGUGUAUUCCGGGAAGCGUGGGAGAAGAGCAAAUAA